UAAAAUGUUAUAAAAAUACGAAAGAAAUAUAAUAAAAUGAGAAAAACUUACAGAUCCAAACGAGACGCACCUGGUGCUCUCGAUCAUCGCGAUGUGAUGCUCAAUACUGAUGCGAAAGCAUCCUUAUUCGACGCUUUCUACAUACAAAAUAUAAAACAAACUAAGAAAGAAGCUUCGGUGUGUUCAAUGCAGUUUGCAGCUUCGAAUAGAGUUCGCAAACGAAAGUAUGUUAAGCGGGUAAAAGAGAAGACUCCGCCGCCAAUGGAAUCUAUGUCUCUAUCGGCCUACCUAACUCCCGAUAAAUCCAUACACUUGAACAGGGCUCCUGAUUUAUUUGACCAACUCCUAAACUCGUCCCCAUUGGAAACGCAACAGGGAGUUUAUAAAGAAGUUAAAACACAUGUGCAAAAUAUAAAAACUUAUGGUGGAUUGAAGAAGACUAAGAAAAUUAACUGCUGGUCCAGUGAUGAAAACUCAGAUUCUGACAAAGAAAACAGUAUUACAGAUAAAAACACUACUGACAUAAAAUCUCACAAACUACUUGUAGAAAAUAAAAAUAGUCCAAAGAAAAUAGAUGAAUCAAUUAAUAAUAUAUUUAAUAAUUUAUCUGUAUUUAAAGUAGAAAAUUGUAGUCCAAUUAACUUAGUGCAAUCACCUUUCAUAUCCAAGGUAAAAAAUAACAUAAUUUCAGCUCUUAAUACCUCCCCUCUAUGUAGCACACCUUUUAAAGAAAAAUAUAGAGGAAAAUCCAUUUAUAAAUUUUCUCCAAUCUCUACUAAUACAGAAAAAAAUAAAUAUAUUCAUAGCAUAGUGUUUGAAAAUGAAGAAAUUAAUGAGACUGAUAAUAAUAAUUUAGAACAAGCUAAUACUAGUCCUGAAGUUGCUUUGACGGAUAAUAAGAAAGAUGAAUUGUCAAUAAUAAUCCAUGCCAAUGCUGAAGAACCACAAAAUGUAUCAUGUGAAGAAAUACAAACUGAACAUGAUAAUGAUGCAGAAGCACCAAAACAUCUGUCUAGUGUUUUUGAAACAACCGAACAAGAACCUUUCCUAGGUUUCCAAGCAAACAUGGAAAGUUCUGAAGUCAGCCAAGUUGAAGAGGCUGAAAGAAAACUAUCAAUUUUGUGCCAUAACACUUUGCCUAGUGAGUCAGUUGUAGAUUUAAGUUGCAGAGAAGACAAUGAAAUAUCAAGCACAAAUGCAACAAGUAACUCAAUAUCCAAUGAAUCUUUAUAUGAUACAUGCAGCAGUGAAGAUUCUGAUGAUGACGAACAUUCUACUAAACCUAUGGAACCAGUUAUUUUACUUGAUAAAUUAAGUGACUCCAUAUUUAAGAAAUAUUACAAACAGAUGCCUAAUUAUAAUCUGGAAAGUAAUAAUGAAGAAGACAAAACUUCAAUUGAAGAAGUUGAAACUACUGAAGAUUCUAAUUCUACUGAAAGUGAUUAUAAUAGUCUAGAAGAUGAAGUCAGCUUGGCUGAGCCUGUGGAAGAAGAUAAUGCAACGAAAGAAAUAUUUAAUGAAAGUAUUGAAAAUAAUGAAAUAACUGAAAUUGAUAAUGAGAGUAAUAAUGAUUCUAGUAGUAAUGAGGAUUCACAAGAAACAUGUGUCAGUUUUGUUACCACACGGAGAAGAAAUAAAGCUAGAAAUGAUUUUACUAUUUUAACAUUAGAUACUUCAUGCACUUAUAGUCCUAAUACCCUCAAUAAUAUUAAAGAAAUUGAUGAAGAGAAUGUGAAUUGCGAUAACACAAUAAAUAAAGACAAUAAAAAAAGUAGCCUUAAAGUAGAUUAUCAAGAUACAAUCAUAGAAGCGAAUGACGAAGAGGUAGAUUCUAUUCCCAUUGAAGGAAAUGUUCCUAGAAGCAGCAUAAAUAAAACAGAUAAACACAAUACAAUAACAACACGUAAAAGUGCUAGACUAACUCGAGUUAGUAUCAAUAAUGCUAAACAAGCUAACAAAACAAUAGUGAGAAAUGAAUUUUCGGAUAUUAAUAGUGAUGAUGGCAAACCUGGUAUAGUUCUACAACCAGGUAAAAAGUGGGAGAGGUCAUUAAGUAUCUACCGAAGAAUGACUACCAUGGCUGAUCACUUUGAUGAGUCAAUACUAGAUAGAGAAGAUCUGAAAUGUAAAGGAAGAAAAUAUAGACAGAGUGUAAUAUGCACAAUGGAAAUGCAGGGACGCAAUGGACCUCACAAUGAAUCAUUCAGCAGUCGAAGAAGUACUUUUACCACAAGACCAUCUAGACCUAGCAUCAAAUUGUUGAAAGAUGAAGAGGUUUCCAGGCUAAGCUUUUGCUCCACAAACGCCCAGGAGGAUUUACAAGGAUUCCUGAACGAAGAUUGGGAUGAUACGGUUAUCGAGUUAUCUAAACUUUCGAUUGCCGACUGCGAUCCUGAGGCCACUCUUGUAGAUAAUCUACAUGAGACGUCCCAUCGUGUUCUGACCGCGCGCGACAUCGUCCUGCGACGCUGCGAUCAAACCGACGCUAUACCAUUCGAUGAAUGCUACCCAGAUUCAGCCCUCAAGAAUUGCCGGAAGAUUGGGGAAGGUGUGUACGGGGAGGUAUUCCUGUGGCGGGCUCGGGAUGGGCAAGCACGAGUGCUGAAGGUGAUCCCUGUGGGCGGCAAUAUCAAGGUCAAUGGGGAGCAUCAGAAGGACUUUGGCGAGAUCAUAUCGGAGAUUGUGAUUGCUAUGGAACUGAGUGCUUUACGCACUCCAAUAGCUGAAAUCGAACAACAUAUAGAUGAGGGGAAGAACAUUGAAGCACUGGAUUUACAUUCUGUAGCUAACGCUACUGAUGUUUUUAAUAAGGUGAUAGCUGUCCGUUGUGUAUACGGAAGCUACCCGUCCCGGCUGCUCGACCUGUGGGAGUUGUACGACGAGACCAAGGGCUCGGAGAACGACAACCCGGCCACCCUGCCCGAGGACCAGCAAUACAUUGUGCUGGAGCUGGCCAACGCUGGCCAGGAUCUGGAGAGCUACCAGUUCGCUAAUGCGGAGCAGGCGUACUCUAUAUUCAAGCAGGUGGCAUACGGUCUAGCGGUAGCUGAGGAGGCGCUCCAGUUUGAACACAGGGAUCUGCACUGGGGCAACGUCCUCAUACAGCCCACUGACGAGAAGUACGCGACGUUCGUUCUCCGCGGUCGCUCGUACAGCGUGGCUCGUCGCGGCGUCGCGGCCACCGUCAUCGACUACUCGCUGUCGCGCGUGGCGUUGCGCGGCGCGAGGUCCGCCGCCCUGUACCACGAUCUGGCGGCCGAUGAGGAGCUGUUCAACGGCCGAGGGGACUACCAGUUCGAGCUGUAUCGCCUGAUGAGACGGGCGCUAGGCAACAACUGGGAAAACUACGAGCCGUACACCAAUGUGCUGUGGCUGCACUAUACCAUCGAUAAGAUGAUCACAGCCCUCCGCUACACACGCACCAAUACUAAAGUUCACAAGCACAAUAUCGCCAAGCUCUCGAUACUAAAGGACCAACUCCUGAACUACCGCAGCGCCACAGAAUUUGUACUCACACACAACGAACUGUAAUGAUACAAUGGAUUAUAUAUGCGAAUGUAACAAAUUAGCCUCCGAUCAAAAUUAUAUUGUAAAUAUAUAUGAAAUUAACAUCAUAUAUGCAUCGAAACUCUUUACAAACAUAGUGCCUUUCAAUAAAUUCAAAUUUUAUGUUGUA